CAUAUCCCAUAAACCACCGCGAAUCCAACCAAGACAUGCGUGCCGAUUAGUUGUCAAACGGUGGUUAUGGAGAUGAGAUGGGACUGACACGGGGACACUGUGACCGGCAUUCAGGAGCACGAUGCCACGCAAGAUAGGGUUUGUAGUGGUCAGCUCCUCUGGCCAUGAAGAUGGCUACAGCCCCAAGGAGCUGAUGAUCCAUGCCCCCACCGUCAAUGGCUGGAGGUCCGACAGGUACUGCCCGUACCCUCAGGAGGUCAUCCUGCAGAUGGCAGAGCGCUGUCGCAUUCGGAAGCUUCAGCUGCUGGCCCACCAGUACCUCAUCCCCUCCAUGAUCGAGUUCUACGUCGCCGACCGGACUCCAAGCCCACAGGGCUUGACCAGCCUCUCCGAGCACUUCCGCAGGCUCGGGUACGUCUCCUUGUCAGACAAUGAGAAGACGGGCUUUAGAGCUCGGGAACUCAAGUCAGUGCACGUGGACGCCGUGGGAACAUACCUGAGGCUGGCCUUCCACCGUAACUAUGACAACCGAUACAACCCAUACAGCCAGGUGGCGCUGGUUGCCAUUAAUAUUUUGGGAGACCCUGUGGAUCCCAAUGAAAGCAGCAUUAUUCCAACCAAGGAGCAACUGAUUGAGCAGUACCUGAACACCAACCAGUCUCCCUUGGACAGCUCCUAUUCAGGUAAGCAUGAGAGCGCAUCUCCGCUGGAUGACCUGGCCUUUGACAUGUACCAGGACCCUGAGGUGGCCCACAUCAUACGGCUGCUGGACAAGCAGAAGCAGGAGAUGGUGCGGCUCGAGCGCUACGACGUCGCCAAGCAGCUCAAGCAGGCCAUCGCCGACCUGCAGAAGGUGGGGGAGCAUUUGGGCCGGUAUGAGGUGGAGAAGCGCAGUGCUAUUGAGCGGGAGGACUACGACACGGCCAAGGAGCGCAAGGAGCAGAUGGAGGCCUACCGCCUGCGUGUGUACCAGCAGCUACAGCUGCACAGCCUGCUGGAGGAGGGACAGCUGGAGUUCCUGGCUGAUGUGUCUCCUGAUGACCCUGAGGUUAUGCCUCCGCUGCGGUCCACCCUAGGAUGCCAUCGCUUUGCCUCUAUGCCUCAGGUGAGCUGUCUGCCCUAUGAUGAGCGGCCCUUGCCCACCCUGCAGAGGCGUGAGUGGGGGGGUGAGAUGCUCAGCCAAUCAGAAGAGGCUCCCUCCUCCCCCACCCUCCGCGACCCCACUGACCCCCAGCACAGCCCACGCAGUCCAGCGGCCGCCGGCCAGCCCGAGCCCCUCACCGAGACGGCCCAGAGAGAGGCCAGCCUGCCCAUCGAGGUGUACGGAGACAGCCUGGUGGCGGGGGUGUACUCUAAGACCUGGUCCUACAGAGAGGACGCGUUAUUAGCCGUCUACAGGAAGCUGUCAGAGGUGCCGGCUGGUGCGUCCAAGAGUGAGCUCAGGAGUCUGAUGAGGGCUGCCGUAUUCCUGGUCAAGAAGGCUCUGCUGGACAAAGUGUCAUCGGUGUUCCAGGCGUCCCUGAAGCUGCUGAAGCUGCUGCUGAGCCAGUUUGUGUGUGAGCAGCACCUGGGCCGAGCAGAGGUGUCCCACUGUGUGGAGCAGACCCUCCCCCACCUCAUGGCCCGCACCGCCGACCCCUCCACACGCCUGCGUACCACUGCACUGGCCUUCAUACAGGAGAUGGCGCUGUUCAAGGAGGUGCGUGCGCUGCAGGUGGUGCCGGGGGAGCUGCUGAAGCCUCUGAAGGGAAGCGUUCCGCCUCGUCUGGCCAUGGGCCGCGUGGAGCUGCUAGAGCGCCUCCUGCAGGACAUGGGCACACGCGACUCUGGGUUCACUCUCGAUAACGUCAUGAAGUUUCUGGCAGGAGCCCUGGAGCACAGCGCCUCAUCCGUCCGGGAGACGGCCGUCAAGAUCGUCUUCACCAUGUACCGUGUCCACGGAGACGCUGUGCUAAGCUACCUCCCACCCAACGACGCCAGCACGCGCAAGAACGUCCUCUACAAGAAUAUCUUCGAUGGCUUCGCCAAGAUGGACGGCCGUGCCUCGGACGCCCAGACCCUGGGUAAGGGCGCGGAGCAGAAGGCUGAGGAGGAGCGUGAGGAGAUCAGAAGCCUCCAGGAGCAGCUGGCAGCCCUUAAGGAGAUCAGCGAGAAGGGGAAGGAGAACGCCAAGGCCCAGGAGAGGAAGGCCGAGAAGGCUGCUAAGACAGGAGGGAAGAAGGCGACUCAGAGCAGCCCAGGGGCCACGGAGGGACCCCAGCCAGCCACCACCAGCCACCUCGACAAUCUGUGUAUAUUCUGUGUGUGUGUGUGUGUUUUCAUUGUGUGUGUGUGUGUGUGUGUGUGUGUGGGUGUGUGUGUGUGGGUGUGUGUGGGUGUGUGUGUUUUCAGUCUGUGUAUAUUCUGCGGGGAGAAGGACGAGUCGUUCACAGAGGAGGGUCUGGACCUGCACUACUGGAAGCACUGUCCCAUGCUCAAACGCUGUGUCCAGUGCAGACAGGUGGUGGAGAUCUCCAGUCUGACUGACCACCUGCUGACGGAGUGUGAGAGCAGGGGUGUGUUCAUGCAAUGUGCUCUCUGUUCAGAGGCAAUACACAAGGACCACCUGGGGGAGCACGCACAGAGCCCCACCUGCAAACCUCCUGUUUCGGGAAAAAAGUGCAACCAUUGUCCCCUGUGCCACGAGAACUUCUCACCGGGAGAGGAGUCUUGGAAGUGCCACCUGAUGAGCAGAGAGGGCUGCAGUCAGAACGUGCGGCGGACUGUGCUAUCCCAGAGGCCUCAGCUGUCACAAGGGAAGGUGCCGGGUGGCGGGGCAUCGAGGGGCUCCGUGCCGGGUGCCAGGGGCAGAGGGGUUGGCAGGGGCACCAGGAUCCCGGCGCCAGCCUCCAGAGACGGCCGAGGGGCACACGGGGUGCCCACCAAGAGGUGAGACGGCCGCCAGGACCCCCUGCUGAGGAGCCUCCGCUGGACAUGAUUCUACCACACACACACACACACACACACACACACACACACACACAUGCAGACACAUGCAGACACAUUUAGACACACACA